CUCCCUCGGAGGGGUGUUGUGAAGAUAAAUACAUUUAAAAAUCUGAGGUGCUGAGAUGCAACAGUCAUGGGGUCUAGAUAGAUACCGGAGGAGAUGCAUAAUUCACUCUGUUCUAGCUGUUGUUGCUCUGCAUAGGGGCGGAGCAGAUGGAGCCAGGAAACCAAACGCCGGUGACAGAAUUCAUCCUGGAGGGAUUCCCGAACACCAGGGAGAUUUCCUCUCUCUUCUUCCUCCUCUUCCUCCUCCUCUACUUGCUCACCCUGCUGGGCAACGCCCUCACCCUGCUGACUGUGCUCUGCGAUGCCCGACUCCACGCCCUGCCCAUGUACUGCUUCCUCGGCCACCUCUCCUUCCUUGACGCCUGCCUCUCCUCCGUCACCCUGCCCAAGAUCCUGGCUGGCUUGGCGGGGCCCAGCGGCAGGACCAUCUCCUUCGGCGGCUGCGUGGUGCAGCUCUACGCCUUCCAUUUCCUGGCCAGCACCGAGUGCUUCCUCUACACGGUGAUGGCCUACGACCGCUUCCUGGCCAUCUGCCACCCCCUGCGUUACAGCGUGGUGAUGAGCAGAAGGGCCUGCGUGGGGCUGGCAGCCGGCACCUGGCUCACCGGCUCGCUCCAUGCCACGAUCCACACCACUCUGACCUUCCGCCUGCCCUACUGUGGCCCCAACCGGGUGGAAUACUUCAUCUGCGACAUCCCCGCCAUGCUGAAGCUGGCCUGCGCCGACACGGCCGCCAACCGAGCCGUCAUUCUGGCCAACAUCGGGACGGUGUCAGCUGGCUGCUUCCUGCUGAUCAGCGUUUCCUACGCCUACAUCGCGUCUGCCAUCCUGAAGAUCCGCACAGCCCAGGGGAGGCUGCGGGCCUUCUCCACCUGCAGCGCCCACCUCAGCCUGGUGCUGCUGUUCUAUGCCCCACUGCUGUUUGUAUACGUGCGCUCCUAUUCGAGUCACACAUCCGACGGGGCAGUGGCCAUGUUCUACAUCAUGUUCACCUCCCUUUUGAAUCCUUUCAUAUACGUGCUGAGGAACAAGGAGAUGAAAAAGGCCCUGAGGCGACUGGCUUAUGGACAAGCGCUGUCCCUGAAGCUGAAACUUUCAAAGAAUCCUGAGAGAGAUAAACGCUGAAUUUCCAUAGGGUGUCCAAUUCCUUUAGCCACCUUUGAGAAUUCCAGCUGAGUGUCUGUUUAUCGGAGCGAGACAAGGUGGGCGAGCAAGGUAAUAUCUUAUCCUGGAGCAACAUCUGUUGGUGCAGGGGACAACAAGCCUUUGACUUCUGAGUUUCACAGUCUCACAGAGCUGUUCCUCAGCUCUGAAGAAGGUAACCAGAGUGUCACAGCUAAAGAUCAGGAAGGGAUGGAUUGUUAAGCAUAAGGGGUCACACAUGCAGGACACCACUUAAAAUGCAAUGUUGGGCAAUUAACGUCUCUGCAGUUGUAGGACAAACCAGGGUUAGCAGACAACAGAGUUUUACAAAUUGUUGUCAUGAGCCAUAUAACCAGUGUCUCUAAGUCCCUGGUUUUUAGUGUCCAGCAGCGUUAUGA